AUGUACGGCGAGCACGGCCACAAACUCGUCACCGACGCGAAGCGCAUCCAAGGCCUAGACAAACUCCCACCAUAUGCGACAACCACAGUCCGCGCCGCCACCAAGGAAGUCCGAGAUCUCGAACGCGACGCGAACACGCUUUACAAUUCCUCGAGUACACAAUCCAGCGAUGGCAGCCAGAUCAAAUCCUCCUUCAACCCAGCAGAAGACCCAGCCAGAGCGUGUGCGAUUUUCGUGAACCAUGUAUCUAUGCGAAGGAAUAAACGCUGUCUUCUGGCCUACCACAAAACCCGCACCGACAAGCUGGAAGAAAUGUGCUGGGAGGGUCUCGACGUGUCGGAUCUCUCGCAGGCUUCGACUGGCGCUUCGCAAUCAGGAGCUCAGAAUGGUCCUUCGAGUAGUCUGAGUGCCGAGGAGGAGCAGUUUGUCCACCAGUACAGUGAUCUUCUUGCCGCGUACAAAGGCCAGUGGACCGACAUCGACCUCACUGGAAGCUUGGAGCCACCCAAGGACAUCUUCAUUGAUGUUAGGGUGUUGAAGGAUGCUGGCGAGAUUCAGACCGAGUAUGGAUCCAUCACUUUGACGAAGAACAGCCAGUUCUAUGUCAGGCAAGGGGAUGUGGAGCGCUUGAUUCAGCAGGGCUAUCUGCAGAAGUUGAGCUGA